AUGACCGAACAAUUGGUUUUGCAUUGAGGUUUGAGCCCUGUGUAACGUGUAUCACACCAUGUGGUAUAUUUAAAAAAUAAAAAUAAUAAUAAAUAAAUCGCUCUGAUGGUAAGUUCUGUAUUUCCCUAGACUGAACUUCAGUUCACGGACUGUUGGAGGCAGCUGUUAAAUCGCCCUCUUCCGAAAAUAAAGUUUUUCCACAUUCUUUGUUCGAUUUCUCAUUCGACAUCAGACCACAAAUCGUUAUCUCAGGAAAUUCAACGAGGAUGACGACUAUUUCUGGUAUUCUGGGUGUCUAACAGUUGGGGAAGAGAGUAGAAAUCAGAGAGUGGGAGUUAUUUUUCAGUCGUUAUCGAACGAGAUAGAUUUUUUUUUGUGAUUAGCCUAGCUGUCAUCGAAAAUGUCCGACAUUAAGAGCAUGGAGCAUCCCACUCUCAAGGUGCCAUAUGAAUUACUGAACAAAAAAUUCAGGACGACUCAGAAAGUCCUGGACAGAGAAGUCUCUCACGUGCAGGCGACAGCCUCAGAGCUCGAGAAGAGCUUGACAACCGAGACUGGAACUCCAGUGGAAACUGGAGAAAUAAGUCGUUUGCUGGGAGGAGUUGUGGCAAAACUCCAGGUGCUCAAACGAAAAGCUGAGGAGUCGAUUUCCGAGGAGCACCAGGCAGGAAUGGUGUGCAAACGUCGUCUCGAUCACUUGAAGGAUCAUGCCAACACGACUCCAAGUGUUGUUAAUCAGUGGAGGAGACAGAGGCUGGAUAGAAUGUUAGUGGAGUAUUUCCUGAGGAAGGGAUACUACAAGACAGCUCAGAAGCUAGCUGAUACCACCGAGCUCAGGGAUCUCACCAACAUCGACGUCUUCAUGGUGUCCAGGGAAGUGGAGAUUUCACUGGCCAAUCACGAGACCACCAGGUGUCUAGGGUGGUGUCACGACAACAGGUCGAAGCUGAGAAAGCUGGGGAGCACGAUGGAGUUCAAUCUUCGAGUGCAGGAGUUCAUCGAGCUCGUGAGGGCUGAUCGCAGGCUCGAUGCUGUCAAACAUGCUCGCAAGUACUUCGCCAAUUACGAUGACUAUCAGCUCCAGGAGAUACAGAGCUGCAUGGGACAGCUGGCAUUCCCUGCUAAUCCGUAUUUCAGCCCUUACAAGGAUCUCCUGGAUGAAAAGAGAUGGGACAGACUAAUCGAGCAGUUUCGACACGAGAAUUAUCGGCUUUUCCAGCUGGCUAGCCAGAGUGUCUUCACAGUUGCCCUCCAGGCAGGAUUAUCAGCGUUGAAGACACUCCAGUGCUACAGCGGACACAAGGAAGGAAAAAAUGCCAGCUGUCCAGUCUGCCACGAGGCCCUGAACGAACUCGCUGCACCUCUGCCCUUUGCUCACUGCUCACAAUCUAGGCUCGUCUGCAGCAUCAGUGGAGAGCCUCUGAAUGAAUACAAUCAACCCAUGAUGAUGCCCAAUGGAUACGUCUACGGUGAAAAGGCACUUCAAAAAAUGGCGAAGGACAACAACGGCGCAGUAGUGUGUCCCAAAACCAAAGAUGUAUUUCCUUUCAAAAAAAUCGAAAAGGUCUACGUAAUGUAAAAAAUCUACCAGUCCCUGUAAUCACCGCUUGCUCGAUUUAAAAUAUCUCAUGUAGAACGUAAUAAGAUGCUUGUGUAAUCAAUGUUAAGAAUAAUUAAAUGUAAGAGAGGAUAAAUACAUUAUAUAUUUUCUAAAAUCUCGAUUUUAUUCCACAAGUUCACGGGGUAAAUUGAAUUGCACUCGUUAUUUUUCAAUUUCAAAUCGUUUAUUCAUAUCCUAGGAUUAGAUUAGAUUAGAUAAUCAUCAACAACACUAUCUGUAUGACCUGUAUAUGAAUUUUUAACCGAGAACUUUGAUAAUUCCUCUGUUAUUUAUAAUUAAUGCUCCAUAGUUAUUAAUUAUCUUAAAUACUAUAGGUUUUAUUUUUGCUCAACGUUUGGACAACUCAGGGCUUGAUAAAACACAUGUCCGUUGGUAAAGUCGUAUAAAUUCGUAAUAAAAAAUUAAAAGUCUUACGUAAUUAUUGAAAAUUACAAUAGUCAAACAUCCUAAACAAUUAAAUCCCUUGGAAAAUCGAGACAGAUUCUGUCAAUUCUAAAAUUACCAUUAUUCAUUGAAUAAAAUUCAACAAAAUUUGCUGUCCCUACUUCCAGGAAUCGGUAAUUAGUGAUAUGCAUGUGAAAUAAACCUCUCGAAACUGAAUGCGUUACCUCAAACCUUCUGAUCAAUUACAAAAAUAUCCCUUCUACUCUAUUCACCUCAGGGUUAACGAUUUCUUUUUUUUUCUUCAUUUUUAGCUUCAGGAGUUAAAUCUCUUGAAUUUAUUGUCGGCAUUGCAUCAUACGAGGAUUGUCCACUUAUUUAUUCAUUCUAGCAAUUCGGAUAAUGCGAAGACGAGUUUAAAGAGGUUUUAUCUACUUCAGAGGUGUGCGAAUAUUUUUCACUCUUUAUUUGACAUUGAUAAACAAAAUUAAAAAAUAAAUCAUUUACUUCUUUUUUAUUCGUCCGGAAUAAUUCGCACGCCCCUAAUCUAAUUGUAAGUUUAAUCGAGUGAAGAGAGAAUCAUGAAGUUGGAUUUAUUUCUUUCGAGACACUUGAGAUGGAGAAUUGCGAUGAGAAUGUCAGACAAUAAAAAUGUUGAUUUUGUUUAUGCGAAAACAGUGAAUUGUGUAAAAA